AUGUCUACCGUAGAAAUUCUCAUACAAGACGCCAAUGGGUGUUAUCAAAGAGCACGAGCAUUGUUAGAUUCUGCUGGUGAGAGUAGCUACAUGACCGAAAGUUGUCGACAUAGACUAGGUGUAUCGCGGCAGAAGUGUCAUUUAGCAGUUAGUGGCAUAUCUGGAGUGAAAGUACCCACGAUAAAAGCUCGAGCGCAAGUAGUUAUUCGCCCUGUACGACACCAUGAACAGCAAAUGACAAUCGAAGCGUAUGUAGUAACCAGAUGUACGCCGUCCAAACAUAUACGAGAUGCAGAUUGGGUGCAUCUAAAAGAUCUUGAACUAGCCGAUCCAAAUUUCAACGAACCAUUACCCGUAGACGUACUGCUAGGCGCCGAAGUUUUCCCCUACAUCAUACGAAGUGGGCGACGGGAAAAUUUACUAAGUGAGCCAGUUGGUAUCGAAACAGUGUUCGGUUGGGCUCUAAUGGGAAACACUGGUAACACUAAUCCUAAGAGAAGCACUACGUUAUUAACAUCUUUGGACAGUGUAGAUCUUGUGUUACGACGGUUCUGGGAAAUAGAGGAAGUACUAAAUGCGUCAAAGACGAGUCCGGCAGAAGAGGACUGUGAGCGUAUUUAUCGUUCUACGACUACACGAGAAUCAGACGGUCGAUACGUUGUACAUUUACCAUUCAAUUGCAAACCGCCGCAGCUUGGACAGUCACGACAAAUGGCCCUCAACCGGCUUUAUCGUUUAGAAUCCCGAUUAGAUAAGUUGCCGCAGUUACGACAACAAUACAAUACUGCCAUGCAGGAUUAUCUCGAUAGCGGUCACAUGCAAAUAGUACCAGAAGCCACAUCCGAAGCGGAACAGGCUUAUUACACUCCACAUCAAGUAGUGAUUAAACCUGACAGUACUACUACAAAAGUGAGAGUUGUGUACGAUGCGUCAGCUACUACUUCGAACGGGAAGUCGUUGAAUGACAACCUUUAUACUGGUAAAAAAUACAACAAGACUUGCCGGGUCUUCAUCAACUUAAUUCCAGAAAUCAAUUUACUGUAUGUUCUGAACCAUUAA